AUGCGGGCGUCCAUCCCGGUCCUCACCCGCGUGGACGCAGGUGGAGUGGGCAAGCGGAUGACGCUACUGCGUGCCUGCAUCGUCCUCGCCCUGGCCACCAGUGCCUUUGCUGGUCACGUUGCCGGAGGUUACACCCUCGCCAGCAACCUCGGUUACGGCCUUGGCUACGGAAGCCUCGGCUAUGCUGGUCUCGGUUAUGGUGGCCUUGGUCUUUCCCACUACGGCCUGUCCCAUGGAGUCGGCUACUCCGGCCUGACUGGCUAUGGUGUUGGUUACGGAUACGGAUACGCCCCAGCCGCUAGCUACGCCGUUGCUGCCCCAGCGGUCACCCGCACUGUUUCCACCUACCACGCUGCUCCAGCUGUGACCGCUGUUCACGCUGCCCCAGCCGUGACCGCUGUCCACGCCGCUCCAGCUGUUGCCACCUACGCUGCCGCCCCAGCCGUGACCAGUGUUGUCCAAUCUGCUCACGUCGUUGCUGCUGCCCCAGCUGUCGCCACCUACGCCGCUGCCCCAGCUGUCACCAAGGUGGUGCAGACCGCUCCAGCUGUCACCUACGCUGCCGCCCCAGCUGUCACCAGGGUGGUCCAGUCCGCUCCAUUGGUCCACACCUAUGCUGCCCCCGCAGUGACCAAGGUUGUCCAGUCCACUCCUCUUGUCCAGACCUACGCUGCCGCCCCAGCUGUCACUCGUGUCACUACCUACGCUGCCCCAGCUGUCACCAAGCCGUGA